UCGCGCACCUAUUACGCGCCAGGCACCGUAUGUAUGGGCCGUCGGAUUGGAGGCUACAUGAGGCAAAGGUCUUUCGCUCUCCGGUCAUUUACAGCUUCACAGGACGCCCCGGGCCGGACCGCACACGGCAGGCUCCCGCCCCGGCCGCGCUCUUCCCGGCUCGCCCCGCCCCCGUUCCAGGAAGUGAGGCUUCCAGCCGCCCGGCCGACCGCGAUGCAUUCUGGGGAAGCAGCAGCACCAGACCCAAGAUGGCGGCCAGCAGGAGGCUGAUGAAGGAGCUUGAAGAGAUCCGCAAAUGUGGAAUGAAAAACUUCCGUAACAUCCAGGUUGAUGAAGCUAAUUUAUUGACUUGGCAAGGGCUUAUUGUUCCUGACAACCCUCCGUAUGACAAGGGAGCCUUUAGAAUUGAAAUCAACUUUCCAGCAGAGUAUCCAUUCAAACCACCCAAGAUCACAUUUAAAACCAAGAUCUAUCACCCUAACAUUGAUGAGAAGGGGCAGGUCUGUCUGCCGGUAAUUAGUGCUGAAAACUGGAAGCCAGCCACCAAGACCGACCAAGUAAUCCAGUCCCUCAUAGCACUGGUGAACGACCCCCAGCCUGAGCACCCACUCCGGGCUGACCUAGCUGAAGAAUACUCUAAGGACCGUAAAAAAUUCUGUAAGAAUGCUGAAGAGUUUACAAAGAAAUAUGGGGAAAAGCGACCUGUGGACUAAAAUCUGCCAGGAGUGAUUCCAGCAAGUUUGAGCAGAGCCCCGAGCAGUACUCAGAUACCCCGCACAGCAGGACUCUGGAAAACUGACACGGGCCACCACCUGGCGUCCGCUUGUGCCAGUUACUAACUUUCUACAGUUUUCUUAAUCAAAAGUGGUCUAGGUAACCUGUAAAGAAGGAUUAAAAAAUUCAGAUGUUCUA